UUUGUUUUUGAGCAGGCUUUCUUUUUUUGGCAUAAGACCAAGUCUAAACUCUCUUUCAUAACUAAACUGAGCUCAUAAGAAUGGAUAUCAACGAAGAAAAAUCAGCAAUGUCCCAGCUACCCAUUGAAGGAGAUGAACAGAUCAAAGCAACAAAGUCAGAAGAAAUAACAAAGGAAAAUGAUCAAGUGAUCAUUCCACCAACGACUGUAACAAUUGAAAGUGAUGCAAAUAAAGAUGCAAAGGUAGAAAAAGAAGAAAAUCCAGCUGCGGAAAAGAAAAAUGAAGAAGUGAAGAAAAUAGCCGGCGAAAGUAGAAAAGAAAGUGCGGAAGUGUUUACUAUACAGAUUAAGCAAAGUGAAGAAAAGAUCAAAUGCCGCCCUAUAGCCUUUCUGUUGGGACUUCCAUUUGCCCUAAUCUCUCUCGUCAUUGCAUUUGUUGGAUGCAUUAUCUGGAUUCUCGGGUUGAUGUUAACAUGCAUAUGCCCCUGCUGCUUCUGUGUGACAAUCUUGGUAGAAAUGGCACUUAGUCUAGUCAAUACGCCUUUUGCUUUUUUCCAGUAUAUCACUGAUAAAAUACCUUUCUGAAGACUGCUCAAUCAUUCACCAUUUAAGAUACACUAUUUCAUUCCUAUUAAAUAUUAUCCCUAUCUUUACUUUUUCCUCCCUCCCUAUUGCAGACCUCCUUCCCCAUAGGAAAAAAAAAUGUGUUUUAUAUGUAUAGUAUUCAAUUCUUUUUGUUGAAUAUGGUACUUUUUUUUUUUUAAUCUUUUCAAGUUCAAGUGUACUACAUAAUCCAAUAAAUUUGCUUGGUUUGUUUGUU